AUGAACCAGACCUUCUGGAAGACCUACAGGUCCAAGGUCCUGCAGACAUUGGGCGGCGACACGGAGGAGGUGCCAGCUGAGGAGAAAGACGGCCCGAGGCAGGAGGCUCUGGAGGCCCCAGAACUGGCAGAGGAGGCUGCCAAUGCCGUAUCCCAGCUGGCCCGCCGGGUUCAGGGGGCCGGGGUCAAGGGCUGGAGAACCAUGUCGUCUCUGUUCAGCAAAGAAGACGAGGACAAGCUGCUGCCCGCAGAGCCCCGCGCUGACCACCCCCUGGCCACGCAGCCCCCAGAGGGUCCGGAGGAGAGGAGAGGGCCUGGUUUCUGGGACUCCUUUGCCUUCCGGUGGCAGCAACAGCAGCAGGAGCAGGCGGCGGCGGAGGCGGCGACCCUGAAGCCGGAGGGUCCGGCCGAGCCGGGAGCCGGGACCGCCGAGGAGGAGGCCGGGGACCCCGCGGACGCCCGGGACCCCGAGGAGCCCAGCUUUAAGUGGGGCUUUCUGACCAACAAACUUGCCGAGAUAAGGAGCAAGGCCUACCCCAAGGAGACCUAGCUAGCAAGUCGCUCCCUCGUCCUCUAACCUUUCCCUGUCCGGGGGGGAGGCUGGGCUGGCCACGUGCUCCCCGGACCCUACCCCAAAAUCCCAUAAAAGCCUCCUGCG